CGUCGGUGAUUCGGGAAUCUCGGAGGAGCAAAUGAAAUGCCGGGGAACAUGAGCAAAGAGGAUGCCCCGAGUCGGAGCGCUUCUUUGACAUUCACCAUUGACAACAUCCUCAACCUGAAGCGGCAGGACAGCGGAGACUUUUCACAGGGGGACCGUGGAUGUAAGGAGGAUUUCCAGGCGCGGUGUGAUGAGGUGUGGGACGUCCGGAGGAGGCAUGGCAGCGCAGACGAGACAGCGCAAACGAAGCCCAGAGUCCAUCGUGUGGACCUCGGGGAAAACACACCGAGCGUUGGCUCCUGUCCCGGGGCGCAAAGUGCGCACACCGCCGAGGACGCGUCCGAGCUGCAGCAGCAGCAUCAGGCCACCGCGGACACUAAAGCCAUCAAGAAGAAAACGCGCACCAUCUUCUCCAAGAGACAGAUAUUCCAGCUGGAGGCGACUUUUGACAUGAAAAGGUAUCUGAGCAGCUCGGAGAGAGCGUGCCUCGCCAGCUCUCUGCAGCUCACCGAGACGCAGGUUAAAAUCUGGUUUCAGAACCGCCGCAACAAGCUGAAGAGACAGCUCUCCACGGACAUGGAGGGGCCGCUGACCGCCGAGCACUUCUCCGAGGCUGGAAAAAACGUGCAAUUACCGACUUUUUACAAAGACAGCAACCUUCUGGGAGGAUGUUUGUUACCCAUGCCGUUCCCUGUCCUGUACCCGACUGCAAACGCUGCGCCUUACAUCUACUUCUCCAACACUGGCAAAUAUUUUGGCCUGUUUGAUGCAGACUGA